AGAUGCUCUGCAGAGUCGUGAAGGUUAAAACCGAAAACAAAAACGGGCUAGAUGCAAAGGACUCGCUUCUAGUCCCAGCCCGGCGCCCUGGGCGACGCAGGCAGCUGGGAGGGGAAGGGGCGCCGGGACCCAGCUGGGACCCCGGGGUGCGACUCCACCUACCGAGUCCGCCGCCGGGCCGGGCCCGCGGCUCCAGCAGCGCCACGCCGUGUCCAGAUGUCGCGUCAGAAGCGUGCAGCGGUUUCAUUUAAUUUCGCUAGUUUUCCAAAUCUAGAAGAGGAGCGGAGCGGCUUUUUGUUCAAAACUGACAUUCAGCCUCCUGAUUGGCGGAUACAACAACGAGAUGACCUCGCUUUCCUUUCUUCCUUUCUCUCUCUUAAAUAAUCUAGUUCGAAGAAUGGAAGACUUUCGACGAGGGGAGGCAGGAAUAAAACAAGGGUAAUGAGGGAGCGGGGACGCAAGCAGCCCCAGAACCCGCCGGAGCGCGGCGGUUCCUGGUCAUGAUGAUGGGCAGUGCCCGCGUGGCAGAGCUGCUGCUGCUCCACGGCGCGGAGCCCAACUGCGCGGACCCCGCCACUCUCACCCGACCGGUUCACGACGCUGCCCGGGAGGGCUUCCUGGACACGCUGGUGGUGCUGCACCGGGCCGGGGCGCGGCUGGACGUGCGCGAUGCCUGGGGCCGUCUGCCCGUGGACCUGGCUGAGGAGCGGGGUCACUGCGACGUUGCAGGGUACCUGCGCGCGGCUGCGGGGGGUACCACAGGCAGUAGCCCUGCCCGCGCAGAUGCCGCGGAAGGUCCCUCAGACGUCCCCGAUUGAAAGAAUCAUUGAGGCUCUGAGACACUUCGGAGAGACUUAGAUCAUCAAUCACCGAAGUUCUUACAGGGCAACUGUCCCCACCCCAUCCCACCCCGCUUCGUAGUUUUAACUUAGAAAAUAGAGCUUUUAAAAAUGACCUGCCUUUUAAAGUAGAUAUGCCUUCCCCAACUACCGCAAAUUUCCAUUUAUAUUUUCUUUUAUAUAUUAUUAUAAAAAU